CGGGCUGCGGCCGCGUGUUGUGCCGUGCCCCGGAUGUGGCCCCUGCCCGGGAAAAUGGCGGCGCCGGGGCGGGCGGCGGGAGCGGUGUAGCGCGCGGUGCCACCCCGCCAUGGCGGACCUGGGCCGGCAGCUGCACGAGUACCUCGCGCAGUCCAAGGCUGCUGCCGCCGCCAGCGCUCCCGGCGCGGCGCCCGCCCCGCCGGCGGCCGGCGGCUCGCAGGAGGAGGCGGGGGACGGCGGCGGGCUGCGGGCCUGGCUGGGCGCGCUGAGCCCGUUCCCGCCGGGCAGUGCCCCGGGCGCCACGGUGUGGCCUUGGGCGGGCGAGGAGGACCCGUGGCUGGCGGGGCUGUCGCGCUGGCAGCGGCUGGCGGGCAGCGGGCUGUGCGUGCUUCUGGCCGCGCUGUGCUUCGGGCUGGCGGGGCUGUGCGCGCCGCUGCUGCUGCUGCGCGCCCGCAAGUUCGCGCUGCUCUGGUCGCUGGGCUCGCUGUGCGCGCUGGGCGCCGCCGCGCUGCUGCGCGGGCCCGCCCGCCUGCUGCGGGAGCCCGGCCGCGGGGCGCUGCUCUACCUGGGCGCGCUGCUCGGCACGCUGUACGCCGCGCUGGCGCUGCGCAGCACCGCGCUCACCGCGCUGGGCGCCGCCGCGCAGCUCGGCACCGCCGCCGCCGCGCUCCUGGCCGCGCUGCCCGGCGGCGCCGCCGGCCUGCGCCGCCUCGCCGCGCUGCUCCGCGCCGCCGUGUGCCGCCGGGGCACGGCGCUGCCUCUGUGAGCCCGCCGCUGCCUCUGUGAGCCCGGCGCGGCCCCGCGGGAGCGCCUCGCACACGGAGCCGGAGCCUCGCGCUGUCGCCGGCCGGCUCCCGGAGCGGGCGCGCCGCUUCUCUUCUCCGCGGCCCGGCGCGUUCUCCUCGCCACGCUGGAGCAGCAGCAGGGGGGCCGGCAGCCCGGAGCGGCGCCGGGGUGCCGUGUGCGGUGUCAGCCCGCCGAGCUCGUUGUUGGCCGUACCGCGCUGCCCGCUCCCUGGCGCGGCUCGGCAGCGCUCCACCUCUGGGUGGGGAGCUGGCGGCACCCGCUCCUGCCCCGGCCUGCGACCGUGGCUGCUGCAGAGACCGGAGCCGUGCGGCGUCAUCGUGGAUCGCCCGUGCUGAGGAGCGGCUGAGGUGCGCAAGGCUGGCGGAUGCUGAAACACGAAGAUGAUUUAGCAAAAUGCCAUCGAGGCUAGGGGAGAACAUUGAAAAAUUAACUGGUGUUACCUCAUUCUGUGCUGACCCCUACACUAUGAACACAUACUGUUUUUGCUGUCACCUCAGACCAGUGGUGAAUACGAAGACUCUGGCCACUGAACUGCAUUUCUCUCUAUAAAGCAGCUUUAAAAUAACCAUCCAGAUGGCAGACUAGCAAGCAGUGGUGAUUGCCUGCAUUUUGGAAUUUGGACCUCAGCACCAUUGUAAUCUGUAGACAGCUGUGGCUAAAGGUGAAAAUGAAACUUCUCUGUACAUGAUAAACCAAAAACCAGGAAUCAGCUCUCAGUAUUUGAAAUGGCUGAGAUUUCAGGAGGUAGUACUGUUGCUCCAUCUGAAACUCAAGUUUGCCUAAACACAACCUCUGUAGGAAUAGGUGCACCUGGAGCAUCCAUGUCCCUGUGGUCAGAGGUUCCGGGUCCGUCGUGCCAGGGCCGUUUCCGUGGUGGCAGUGAGGCCAUGUCCAUGCCCUGGAGUGAAGAGGAACGUUCUCUGCUGGCUGGAGAGUGCCCAUCAUGAGGAGGGUGAUCUGGACGAGGACCUGGAAAACACAGGAUAAGAUUCUGGUUUCCUCCCUCCUUCAAAGCGUGGGAACUCGUCUGGAGUAGGAAGCAAACCCUUCCGAGCUCCUGAGCAGUAAGAGAAGCAGGGGACAGGAGUGAGAAGAGACAUUGUAUUCAUGAAAAUCAUGUCACCUGCCCAAGAAGUGCCUUUCCUUCCUCAGCCCUGCAUUUCUUUCUGUGUGGAAGAACAUUCCCCUUACCUCUCAGAGCACCUCGACCUCGCCCCCGAGCACCAUGGUCCCUUCCUCUGGAGUUCUCCUCUGGAGAGUCAAAAGCAUCAUCUGGCCCAAAAUCUUCAGGGCCAGGAAAACCAUCUCUGCCCCUGGGCCCCCGGCCCUCGUGUCUCGAGGGUCCUCCUCUUCGGAAGCUACAACAAAGAACAGGAUACAAAUGUGGCUUUUAGGCAUCACUGAGGCAGCUUCAGUUUAAUUAUCAACUCAUUCCUAAACUGUUUCACUUAAUGCUACAGCACAUACAGGUACUAGAACAGGAUUUGUAGGUGGGAAAGUGCCCAUUUCUGCCUUUGAGCACUUUGAUAGUAAGCUUUGUAAUCUUCCUCUCAUAUUUCCUUCCACUGAUUAUGUUGGCUUUUCAUACAAGAAAAAUAUUAUUAAACACAUUGCAUUCAUUUAAUGAAAAGGUGGGAAAAACAAUCAAUGAGUGAUGAUAGAUACAAGGUGAGGUAAGGCAAGGCAAAGUGUGAGUUCCCCUUAACUCUGAUGCUCUUACAUUCCCCUUUUUUCCUUUCCAUUUCCAUCAUAAAACAAACUGAAAACAUAGAAGCAAUGAGACUCAUGGCUGUAACAAAAUAUUACAGGAUCUCAUUCCUAUUAGUUCUAUGAUUCUUUUGCCAGACAAUUCUCCUUUUCAUUCCAUUCUUCAAAGUUUACAGUUUAGCAAAUGCAUCUAGACUACCCUUGGAUCUGUAGGCACAGUGAUGGCUGAACAGUGCACAGUGGCAUUCUGCAACCUGAAGAGCAGUUUAUCCAACUGCAGUAAUGAAUUUUGUGUUGCAAAAUGUAAUUAUGAGCCUGAAGUUGAUAACUGCUGUCUAGUAAGUACCAAGGGCAUCUGCAGGAAUUUGUUACAGCUGGGUUCUGCACAGCAUCUUAGCUGAGUACAGCUCCUCCAGCACCACGCUGGGGGCCUUGUCCAGCUCUUCAGAGAGGAGAAUGGCUCUUCCUGAGCUGUCAGUGCCAUGCCAGGUAAGCCUGCAGCUGGCUGUGUGAAUAACUAGCAGCUCUGCUCCUGACACCAGCAGUUCAAACACCUGGAGGCUUUGCAAAGCUCAGCCCUGCCCUGCGAGGACGCCUGUCUGUCACAGCCCGGCUGAGGUGCUCAGGUGGUGCAGGACACUGGUGUCCCCACCGUGCCACCCCAUGCUACUCUGCCCACCCUCGGUGACAGCACACGCUGUGGAGCUCUCCUUGCCCAGUGACAGAAGCCUCCCACCUCCCCAGUGCUCCCAGUUGCACUCUGGCUGGACUGGAAGCACAGCAGUGUUCCCGUGGUGUUGGCUGUGUGCAGCGUCCCCUUCCCCAGCUCAUUAACGACACAGUGCAUCCUAUUACAAGCAAAACUUUAGAUACUUUUAUUUAGAAUUUUAACAACAUUAACCUUUUAAUUACAAAUUUAAAUAUUUUAACAGUAGUCAUAACACAAUACAAUAUUUUUUAAACUUUUACAUUGUUUUUAAUAAAAAACAAUAGGUCUGUCUCCACCUCCCAGAAAACAAACACAAUACAGAGAGGAGGCUGCUGUGCCUGUACAGGUACAACAGUGGAUGGAGGAGUGCUUUGGAUGGACCAUGAACCAUUUACAUUAACCUGGAUGGUUUGGGAAAACAGCCUCAACAGUUUCAGGUACAAAUGGUUCAAAUAAUCACAGAGCAAUAUUGUUUAGCCUUGAAAGAGCACAGUCCUCUAGAGGUUUCUUAGAGGGCCUCCUGCUUUAAUACUGAUACGGUGUGAUUCAACUUAGCUUGGAAAUUACCAAGAUUUUCAACACGAGGCCCCAGGGCUGCAGGAACAGGGCCCUUCCUAUUUCAGGCAACUCAUGGACACAGUUGAGUUUUGAAAUCUACGAUACCUAUGCCUGACACAGCCACAGCUCCUAAUAUUGUGUUAUGGAUAUCCUUAUUUGCCUUUCCAUGUCAGUCACACAUAAAGCCCUGCCUUGCUUCGGGUUCAGUUCUGUUUGACUGCUCUCACAUCUUCUUCCCCGAGGCCUAGGACCUUACUGUACACAACUACACACUGUGCAGGUUAGCAGGCAGGAAGAGGCAGGUCUCUGCAGUAGAAGCAUCAUGUUGAUACAGAGUAAGAACAGGACAGGGAUGAAAAGGAUGGGAAAUUAGAGAGAAACACACAUACACACAUUUGCCUCUCAUGCUUGAUCAAACCAGUUACAAUCUCAAUUUCAAACCAAGUCAGCUAAACGAGUGGUUGGGAUUAAGUCCACCACAGCAUCUGCAGUAAAUGGCACCUAGUUCACCUUCAUUCCAAGAAAAUCAUCAAAUUUACCAGCACAGUGAGCCUUUUAGAGCCUUGUGCCAUUUCACUUCAAACUCUCUGGGCAAACACUUGUACUCUGGUAAACAGAAUACUCUUAUAGUUCAAAAGUCAGAUUUGCAGGUCACAAGGUUCUUGUUUCCCUUCCUGAAGCUUUUUAAAAAUCAGGACCGUAAUAAAAUAUUUGCCAGCCCCUAAACAUUUUCAAUAUAAGAUCUGAAAAAUCUCUACUGAGCUUCUAAAAUUCUUGUCUGCUGUGUCUUUUAGAGUUCUGUGAUGCAGACCAUUGGACCACUGGACCAUCCAACUAGAUUUUCUCUGGCUUUACUUUUUAAAAAUGGCUUUAAUUGUUACCUUCUUUAAGUUACUGUUCAUUUCUUUUCAUACUCUUCACACAAAAGGAAGUUACAUCUUACAGAGCUAGGUAGAAAAUAGCUAAAAGAAGAGCUGUAUAGAUGCAAAGUAAAAGGAAUGUAAGAAAAUGAUUAAAAAGGCAACUAAAACACACAAAAUUCACAUUAUGUGGAGACCACAGCAUAUUUGUAACAAGCACAUGUUCUGAUACAUAGAGAGUUGGUGGUCAGUGAGAGGCUUAGACCUUGGAGGCCAAAUUUCAUUUAAUUAAACUAACAUAAAUCUGGAGCAAUUUUGCUGACAAUUCAUUUCAGAGACAGCAUUAAUUCCUCCAUAUUUACAUUGGUAACUAAAAGCAAAUUUAUCCCUUGGUGAUUUAUUCGGAGAUUGUGAGCAAUGACAAGGACAUUGCAGUAAAUCAGAUUAUUUUGAGUUCUUUGCUUGGCAUUAAGAAAUAAGUCAGAAAGAGAAAUAAAAUUUCUACAAGCAAACAUAUGAAAAAAUAGUCUCGACAGUCCAACAGAUGCUGUAUGUCUGUCCCUUCUAUCUGGCAGUCACAUCACUGUUCCUGCUCCUCACAAGGGCAUUGCAUCUCAUCCUACAGUCUCUACAGUCAUGCUGUAGUUUGUGACUGGAGACAGAAUCUCAAAAUCCACUUCUAGUGUUCAAAAGUUUGUCACUUUAACCUUUAAGUCUCCUCUCAAUUUUCAUCAAAACGGCCUCAGAUCUUCAUCCUGUGUCACUGGAUCUUCUCUAAAACUUUCCCCCUUCUCUUUACUUACUGUUUAAAGACACGGAAGCUGCUGUGUACAAUGACCAUUUUUCAAGUUUUCUUCUAUUACUGAAUGAUUUUUAUGGACUCUACACUCAGGUAUAUUAGUUUUCAUUUCCUUAUUGGUUUCCAGUUUAUAAAUCUGAAACAGAUAGACUCCUUAAUGAAAAGGAAACCAGGAAUAAAAGAGUUCCCUCCAUUCACCCUUCACCCCAAGAAAGAGAAAUGGAUUUAUUCUUACCUCUCGUCUCGCCUUCCUCGGAAGCGCGCAUCCUCGGGAUCCCGUGGAUAUCUGUCAUCUGAAGGUCUCCGUCCUUCCCAAGCACCAGGAGGCCCCCGGUUGGAACCACCUCCUUCAAAUUCCCUGUGAUCAGGAGGAAAGGGAGGCCCAGGUCCCCCUCGUCUCCAUUUCUCCUCUUGCAGUGGCGGGCCUCCUCUCCCCUCGAACUCCCGUAACCGAUGGCCAAAUCUCUUGUCUGGGUGGAAAUCAUCGCGGAAGUCGUCGGGCCGCUCGAAGUCAUCGUGGAAGUCGGGGUGAGGUCCCCGUCUGUCGGGCAUGCCCCUGCUGUCCCUGCCGUCGCUCCAGUCCUGCCCCCCUCGGAACAGGCCCCUCUCUGGCCCGUGCUCGGGGCCGCCGCUGUUCUGCUCGUGCCGCCUGUCCGACAGCGGGCCCAGGUGAUGGUUGGGUGGCCCUCGGGCAUCGCCUUCAGGGGCAAGAAAAAGCACAGCAGGUUGGUGGAACCGAUUCUAAAUCACUUCAGGAUGCUCUGGUUCACACGGUUCCAGAAAGCAUAUGGGAUACCUUUCACAUGAAACAAUAUUUCCGGGAAAAUUUUUCCUGUAUAUUCCAGCCCAGAGAAGCUUUUCUCUCAGCCCAGGCCCUGCACUGGGACAGCCCCUCUUUGAACACACUGACUCCCAGGAGAACAGACAAGAUGUGGAAUUACCUUUAUUAAGACCAGGUCCCUGGUUGUGAGGGCCCAGACGACCUUGUCCUCCUUGCUGCCCCAGGCCUGGUAUCAGAGGAGGAGGACCCGGGUUCUGUCCAUCCUGUGAGCAUGGGAGAACAAAAGCCAGGUGAAUUCCAUGUGUGAGUAAUUAAAAAUGUUUGUAGGAGUGCAAAACAGUUUUCUUUCCCUAAGGUGUGCAUUUGCACAGGUUGUACAACAGAAACAGCUCAUGUUCCAAUGGUUUCAGCCUCAGUUUCCAAACCUUCACAUCAGUAAUGCUUCAGCCACUGAGAAACACAGCAUUUCACAGGAAACAGCUUUGCAGCUAUUCACAGGUUAGCUGUCACAGCCAAAGAUGAUGAAGCUCAUAUUCUUCACGAGUGUGACUAUUCUGUAAGAAUAUAUUGAAUUUAUUGAGUAUUUGAUACAAAUAUUCUGUUCCUCUGGAGGAACAGAGGAAUUUUCCUGAGGAAAAUAUGUAAAUUUGUUUGAAAAAUAUCAGGUACUGAUUUACAGGCAGUUAAAGAGCUUCUUCACAGACCAAAGACUUCAUUUGGAAAGGAACAAAAAAGAGAAACUAUAUAUACAAAAAUAAGUAUCAAGAAUGUUGGGAUGAGGGGACAAUGACAGGGCCAUAAGGAAACCUCUUCUCUAAACCUAAGUUGUUAACAUGAGUUUCAUUUUUAACAGGAUGGCAAAGUUCAUUUUUCUUCAUUUUAGGAUAAAAAAAAAGCAGAGGCAGUAGAGUGGGCAGAGUUUUGUGUGCUUUAUGUGAUCCCAAAUAAAAAAAUAAAGUAUAUAAGUGGUUUUUGCUAUUUUUUCUCUUUUUUUUCUGUGAAUUUUAAAGGAUAAAAUUAUGGUCUCUAAAUUCAGCUGCUGUCACUGACUCAUCAAAUGAUUUUGACAGGACCUGCUCUGGUGACACUGGUUGGAAAACUGUGUUUGGAUGAUGUUCUGAUUCUGCCUUUCAACUGCA